CUAUUUUGUCACGAAAGGUGUCUGUGGUCACAUAAAAGUCAAACAAAUCAAUAAGCCCUUUUAUAUAAAUAAAAUCAAGUGAUAAAAUUGCUGCGGGUUUAUAUACAUUAAAAAUCUAUAUUCUAGAAAAAAUACAUAAGAAGAAAGAGUACUGUACUAUACGAACCACAAUGGACGACCAAGAUAAAACUUUACAAUAUCUUAUAUCUGUUGAAAAACUAGCUCAAGAAAUACUAUCUGAUAGACUAGAAAUUGUUUUGUUGGAUAAAAGAAGAAAUGAAAAUCGGGAAGCACUACGAAAUUUAACAAAAUCUUCCGAAUCAAAAUGUUGGCUUACUGUGGGGUCAGUAAUUAUUAAGCAUGAUAUUGCAACAGCCAAGUCCCUUUUAGAAGCUGACCAAAAACAAUUGGAUAUAGAUAUGAAUCAAAUAAGAUCAGAGUUGAAGGUAAAAGUUAACAAUCUAAGAGAUCUGGAAAUGCAACCACCUGUUCCCGGUUUAAUGUUAGUGCCCUUGUCAAAUACAGAGAAUGAAGGCUUAACCAAUGCAGGUCUCUUUAAUUAAAUAAACCACUUUUAACCCUCAAAAAUGUACUAUUCAAGUACCUUGUCACAUAAUGAAGGAAUUUAAGAAACAAAUGUAAAUAUCAAAAUUGUUGAAAGCUUACUUUAUGGUUAUGUUAAGUUUCCUUAUGUUAUAAUCCGUUUUGCAUUGUCAUUGUUAAAUAAAUUUUAAAAAUAAU